AAUGGAAUCGCCGGCUUAUACGGAAUUUCCCGGCAGACAUACGAGUUCUGUAACUUUUAACGGUUGUGAAGGAGGGAUCGGAAUCAAGGUGAUUGGUGGAAUUACAGAAAAAGGCAAACACCACGGUAUUUUCCUAAGGAAAAUCUUUCCAAACGGCCUAGCUAGUUCACAAGGUGAAUUACAAGAGGGUGACGAAAUCUUAGCGGUAAACAACAAGUCAUUAGAGAACGUUGACAAUGCAAAAGCUGUGUCAGUUCUAAGAUCUGCAACGUUCGAAGGCUACGUUAAAUUAGUGAUCGCUCGAGACAAUAUAUCAAGGAUUGGAUAUCUGCAUUUGGUGGAAAAUUAUAAUUUUUCCAGUGAAGAAUCAGACGACGACAGCGACACCGGGUUUUCUUUAGAAUCGACAAUUCCUGCCGGCUAUUCUCAUUACGAUAAAGAUCGAAACGCCGAUGGUGACGUAAGCGUCUCUACGAGAACGCCAAUGACGUCGUCGGGCCACGGAAGUAUGCUAGCGGCCACCUCGUCGUCGUCCUCAGAUCGAAAAUAUUCAAUCGAUCCGCAAGCUAAAGUGCCUAUCGACAAAUUGAAAUCGGCUUUAAAAGAUUUAGGUAUAUCGCUCAAGGAUGAACAAUGGCAGGAAUUAAAAAGCAGUUUGAAAUUGAAUAAGGAAGGCAUGGUCACGUACGGGGAUUUUGUGCAAAAAACUCGCGAAAUACUGCAGAAAAAGAAAACUUCAAAUGAUAAAAAUCAUCAUCAUCUCGUAACAAAUGACGAGAAGAACUUUUUGGGACGGUUGGAUUCUUUGCAGGCGGCUCUGGAUACGGAAAGAAAGUAUAGCCGACAGAUGGAGCGUCAAAAUUCUGCUUUAAAAACCAAAAUCAAAUUGGCCGGAGACGCUCAGCGGGCGGCAAGGGAGACGGAAGAGGAUUAUGAACGGGUCGUUCGGAUGAUGGAAAAAGAGAUUGCCAAGUUAAAGAACGCCAGGAGGCUUUCAGCCUUCACCCCCGAAAAUGUUGACGAAGGGACAAAGAAACGACUUUCUGUUCUAACCUGCCAACUUCGAAAGGCAGAAGAAACAUUGAAGACUUACGAAGUCGCAACUGAUAAACUACUGACUUUUGCCGAGACUGUUGCCCAUUCCGUACCUGCCUACUCUGAAGAUGGAACGAAUUCCAGGGCGUUAGCCCGAAGAAUAGGUUCUUCUUAUUCUUCCCAAAAUUCCCAACUCGCUCAUCAGGCUCGGCAAGUUGUUAGGGCCGUUAAAGUUUUACUAGAAAACGAACCUUUACCAGUCGGCUGGGAGGAAGCCUACACUGAAGAAGGCGACAAAUACUACAUUAACCACAUUACUCAAGCGACAUCUUGGACUCAUCCAGUCAGUAGAAUAAAUCACUCAAGACAAGUAGUUGCUAGGCCUAAGCCAUUUGAACGCAGGGCAAGAUCCUUAGAUAGAGGUGAUUCAAGACCUCAUCGUUACUCAUCAUACGGCAAUGAUAUUGAUUGGUUAAGCGAAUUUUAA